CAAUGACACAGACGACAGACGUUGGCCGAACGAACUGCACACGUUCGUUCAAAUUCAAAUAUCGUUCCAUUCCUUUCCAUUCAGAUAGUUUUAAUAUUUUCAAUUUUCGAAACAGCCAGUACUCUUAAAAAAGAAAAAUUUUGUUUCUAAAUUCACCGCCAAGAUGGCGCCCGUUUUUCGUAUAUUGAGAUGUGCGAUCGUUUUGUUAAUAGCAGACAGCACUAUGGUCAAUUUUAGGGUGCUAGCGAGAGCCAUGUCGACGGUGGCGAAGUCCUUCGAGACCCACGGCGUCGUCCCCGAUGUCAUCCCAAAGGCUCCGGUUGCAUUGGCUACCGUGAGGUACCCUAGCGGCGCUGAGGUGAAGGAAGGCAACGAGCUGACCCCCACAGCAGUCAAAGACAUCCCCACCGUGAUAUGGGAGGCCAGCCCCUCCGACCUCUACACAUUGGUUAUGACUGACCCCGACGCGCCAUCCCGCAAGGACCCGAAGUUCCGCGAAUGGCACCACUGGUUAGUGGGCAACAUCCAAGGCAACCAGGUGGGGACAGGCGAGACCCUCUCCGCGUACGUCGGCUCCGGCCCCCCUGAGGGCACCGGCCUGCAUCGCUACGUGUUCCUUGUCUAUAAGCAACCCAACAAGCUCAGCUUCGACGAGGCCAGGCUGACCAACACAUCGGGUGACAACCGUGGUAAAUUCUCCAUCGCGAAAUUCGCCAAGAAGUACAACCUGGGCGACCCUAUUGCCGGCAAUUUCUACCAGGCGCAGUGGGACGACUAUGUGCCCAUACUCUACAAACAACUUGGAGCUUAAGUACUGACGAUACAUAGCUUAGUUUACAUUACAACGGAUCUGGGAUACUGGAGUAUUUUAGCAUCGAUACAAUUUGGAGGUAGACUUUAACUUAAAACUAUCUUUAUUGAACAGGUUAUAUGGUUACAUUUAGAAUGGUAUUUUUUUAUAUAGAUAUACUCCUAAAAGUGCUGUAUAGCCAAGGAAAAGUGGCUGCUAGAAAUGGGUCGGUACAUCCACAUUAUAACAUAAGCUCACAAGUAUAUUACCCAUUGGGAUAAUUAGAGGAGCAUGAUAACUAAGUACCCACGCUUCACCGAGCUUUCUGUGUGUCAUAUAAACCCAUAGCUGACGAGGAGUGAGUGUGUAUACUCUGCCCACCCCUUCGGGGAUUCUAGCGUGAUACUAUAUUUGUUAUAAAUUUUAUACCUACUACUCGGGUUUUGUUAACAUAGCUGGCGAGAAGUGCAUGUACUAUACACUUCUGUCUACCCCCUCGGGAAUACAGGUGUGAUGAUGA